AAAUUGUUGUAUAUUUAUUUAUUUUAUCAUUUCGGUUUUUUCUUCAGGAUUUCAUAUCGUGUUUGUAAUUCUUGAGGUUUUCCAGUUUCUAUAACUUAACUAUGGAUUUUGAGGCUUCUGAUGUGAGGGAACCUGUUUUUUGUGAUGACUUUAAACCGGAAGAUGGUGAUGAUGUUCUUUUGCUAACUAGGAUUUCCUCGAUUGCGAGUUUGGGAACAUGUAGUAAUAAACGUGAUGUGUCUCUUAAAAGGAAAUUUGAUGAUAGCAAUUCCUUGCAUAUUAAAGUUAAGAAAUCAAAGGUGUCAACAUAUGUUGAUCGCGACAAAGAUGAAGAUGAUAUUCAUUUGUCCGAUAAAAUUAUAAGGCCAUGCAAGCCAGCUGAUAAUUCGUUUUCGUCGCUGAAGAGAGACCUUGCAUUGUUAGAAAAAUUAUUUGAGGAAGGCAGAAGGAAGACGGGAGUAGAAGAGAAGAGAUUGCAGUGCAUAAAGAGAGAGAUUGAGGAGUGCUGCAAAGUGCUUGAAAGUAAGAAAAAGAAAGUUAGUUUUGUUAGAAGAAUGAAAGAAGCUCACAAUAAAAUGCAGGGGAAAGUUGAAGAAUGUAUGCAGGAUUUUGUAGUGAAGGAAGGACAGCUCCAUUUGAUGGAGGAUUUGAGUGGAGAGCGCAUGCAAGAGCUCAAGACUAAAAAGAUUGAACUUAAUCAAGUGAAGGGUAAAAUUGAUAAGGACUGUGGGAGGAAGGAAGAUGAACUCAAGGCUCUUUCCCAAAAAAUUGCUGAAUGUACUUUAGAACUUAAGGCCAAAGAGAAGGAACUCGAUGCAAUGAACAAAUUAAUUGGCGGGCAAGCAGAAGAAUUAGAGUCCGAAAGGAAGAAGUUAGAGGGUAAAGAAAGGGAGUUUGAAUGUCAAAUGAAAGAGUUGGUAUCGAAACAAAGGCAUUUGGAAAGCCGAUUGGAGGAGCUUGAGUCAAAUGAGAAGCAUUUUGAAAUCCGAUUCAAGGAGCUUGAAUCAAAAGAAAGAGAUUUUGAAGGUCAGGUGAAAGAGAUGGAAUCUAAAAAGAAGGACUUUGUAAGACGAGUCAAUGAGUUAGAGUCAAAAGAGAACAUACUUGUAGGGCGAGUGAAGGAGUUUGAAUCCAAAAAGAAAGAAUUUGAAUUACCCCUGAAGGAGUUGGUAAAGAAACUGGAAUCGAAACAGAAGCAUUUCAACCGCGGAAUGAAGGUGCUUGAGUCUAUAGAGCAAAUUGAAGGCAGAGUAACGGAACUUGAAUCAAAAGAGAGAAAACUUGAAGACCAUGUGAAGGACAUUAAAUCAAAAGAGGAGGAACUUGAUGGUCGAGUUAAGGAGUUCGAAUCAAAUAAGAAGCAUUUUGAAAGCCAAUUUCAAAACUUCAAAUCAAAAGAAAAGCAAUUUGAAGGAUUGAGGAAAGAAUUUGAAUUAAGAAAGAAUAAGUUCAAAGUAAAGGUUAAGGAGCUCAAUUUAAAAGAGAAGCUGUUUGGAGGUCAAGUCAAAUAUCUUGAGUCAGAGAUGAAUAAAAUUGAUAGACAACUAAAGGAGCCCGAGUUGACAGAAAAACAAUAUGAAGUAUUAACAAAAUAUAUUGCUGAAGAAAAAGAUUCAGGAUUGCAGUUGGACUCAAAUGAGAAAACUGAUGGGGUUGAGUCACUUCGCAGUGGUGUUUUAGUAAAUCUGCUAGAAUCAUCAGAUCCAGCAAAACUUGUGUUGGAUAUAAUACUGAACCCCACUAUUCCACUUUGUGAUAAGAAAGGAGACCAUGCUGUGAUUAUUAAUGAUAGCCACAUCAAUCUGCUAGAACAACUGAUGACAAUCUCACCAUAUAUCAAACCUAGUGUACGAAAAGAAGCAUUGAAGCUAGCACUUGAUUUGAAAGCUAACGUGAAGGAAAAUACUGAAAAUUAUCUGUCGGUUCUUGGUUUUCUACUGCUUUUGUCCAUUUAUGGAUUGGUUACUUUUUUUAUUGAAGAUGAAAUUUUGGAGUUUUAUGCAUCUGUUGCUCAUUACAAGAUAGCUGCGAAGCUGUUCAAGAACCUGGGCUUUGCGAAUAAAGUUUCUGAUUUUGUUGAGAAUCUUAUCAAGAGAAAGCAAAUUGUUGGAGCUGUUAGAUUCAGUUGUGAAUAUAACUUGGCUGACAAGAAUCAACUAAUUGAUCUCUUGCAAGAACACAUCCGGGAUGCCAGACAGAUAUGUGAGAUCAGUUGCAACAACAGCAACUCCAAUGAAAUCAAGGAUAAGGCGAGAGAUCGAGAAAUUGCUUGUCUGGAAACUGUUCUACAGUGCAUUUCAGAUCACGGCCUAGAACAUAAGGUUCUGUUUAACAAGGAGAUUAAAUAUCGCAUUCUUGAGCUAAAAGGAUAUAAAGGCAAUUAGUUUUCUACUGGAACAACUUAAUGCAAGAAUGUAGUAAUAGUUUGUUGGGAGGGAUAUGCUAUUCAUGCUAAAUAUAAAAGCUUGAUUAUAUCACUAUUUGUAAAGCUGUAAAUCUAUCCUUGUAAUGAAACUCUGUUUCUUUUAUUCGAUUUUUUUAGCAUAUAUUUGAGUUGAAUAUGAGAACACGUUCACUCUAAUUAUGA